ACUCGCGAUAACUCGCGUUGAGGCAGCAGCUGGGCGGAAAAGGCGGGAGAAGGCUGCCGCUUCCGCGUCCGCGCACAGGCACAACACUGGGGCAAAAUGGACGAUAAGUUAAUAUUGGCCGUAUUUAAUUAUCCAGAGCUGUACAAUGUCACUUUACCGAAUUACCGCUGCACGGAAAGUCGGGUGAACGCGUGGAGAAGCAUCAGUAUCAUACUGGGUCUCCCAUCCGAGGAGUGUAAAAGAAAAUGGAAGAACAUGAGAGACCGGUACUUGAAGGAAGUCCGGAUGGAGAUCAAAAGCAAGAAACAAGGAGAGAUCAUGCAAAGCAGAUGGAAAUAUAGACAACUAAUGAAUUUUAUCGCCCCCUUCACUGGAUCGAGAAGUGGACUGGCGGACAUCUGCGGUAACAACGGCGAUGACCACGAUAAUCCUGACAACGAAUCCGGCAGUGUCGAGGGAGAAACCUCGUCAUCUGAGGCAGUCAAGACGCCGCAGUCGGCCACGAAGGCCCCCGCAAGUCAACCCGACCUCAAGCCCCAGGUAGCAUUCGUGACGCAGAUCCCUCAAGACACACAGAUGUCCCUUCUGGCCAAGAUACCAUCGAGCCCGCAGACCGCGGCCAUCAGCAAAACUGGACGAAAACGGCGCCUGAUGCAGGAGUCUCUUUCACCGUCUUCUUCUCAAAGCGCACUGUCUCCCACCAAGUGGCUGGUCAAAGACAAUGGAUCCUCCUUUCCCAGCAGGCCGCGGGACGAGGACGAACUGUUUCUGCUGAGCUUUGUCCCCGCUCUGAAGAGGCUUGCGCCGCAGAAAAGGUGCGAGACGAAAAUAAAGAUCCAGCAGAUUAUGUAUGAAGCAGAGUUCAACGUUGCACAGUCCGCAUCUCAAGAGAAACAGACGACGCCGUCAGCGCAGGACUAGGCCACACGGACUAUUUUAUACUUUGUGCUUUAUAAAAACCUCUUCCACAAAAUGACCAAAAAUAUAUUUUUUUUUACUGUACAUCCUUUUUGAAUGUGAAAUUCUAACAAUGAAGAAUAACUAAACUUGAUUUGCAUAUUUAAGUAUGGCUCGCGAGCAAAGGAAGCCCUAACAUAUUUACACAUUAAUAGGACAACAGACAGACUAUGAUUAACAUCUUUAUUUACAUUGUUUUACUGUCAAAGUGAAUUCACAUUUAGAAAAGUGGUUUCACGUUGAAACAAUCUUCAUUUAAGUAAUUAUUCUUUAAUAAUCUAUAGUAUUUUUACAUUUAAUUACAGUAAUAGAGCAAAAAAUAAAGUAUUAAAUGGUGAAAGGAACACCAUUUCAUAAAUGAACUGCUGACAUGCAUCAACACAUUUCUUUUUAAUCUGAACUAAAAUAAAGAGACAUUUGUUUUGAUUUUGGUCAAUUUUUGAUGAUCAUGUGUAAAUUUGUAAGGUCAGGUGGAGCUGGAUUAAAAACUAAAUUGUUAGUACAUUAGUGGUCAGAGAGACAACAUGGAGCCACACGCUCGUAUUCAGAGUAACUCAGAGAUGUUUUGCAACAAAUAAAAUAAUUAUAAAUACAGGCUGAAAGGAAAUAACCAUAUACAACAUACGGGUUUAGAAAUCCAAAUUGAUGAGCACAGAGCACUGGUUGGUCUUUUGUUUAGCAGAGUAUAUCUUUAAAUACGGUGAUGGUACCAAAACAAAACUCAAAAAGAGACCUGCACAUCCUGUAUGUGUCUGAUCAAAACAACAACAACAGAGAGACAGACAUGUUGAAAAGAGCAGCAUGUAGUUUGAAGCCAGUAGCUGGUGGAGUUCAGGUGUCUUGUUUUAGUGUGCUGCUUUUUAAAGCAACUGUGUUAAUGAAUCAAAACUUUAGGCACCCACAUUCAUGUGGUUCACUUUGAAAGUUGUUAUCUUGGGAUUAACAUCCAAAAACCGGCUUCAUUAAACUCUUACAUGGCUUUGUAUCAAGAAAACAAAUAAAAUGAAUGAAGUUACCAGAAAUGAAGCAGAAUCACAUUGGUGCAAACCGUGAUGAUGUGUUAUAAAUUUGCAUCUCUGUCAAAUUAUUUGGGUUGUACUAAGAAGUCUUUCAGUGUAUUUAUGCAAUCAGCAGCCAAAACAUAAUGACCAGAGCGACAAACAGGAAGAGUCGAGACAGAAACUGUUCGUCCGUGUGCUGCGGUGUCCCCGGAGCUGCUGUUUGGGAAAUUGUUUAACAUAAGUUAUUUAAUAUAUUGUUGAUAAAAGAGAGAUGAUGGUGAAACAGAAAUACCUGGAGGUGGUCUGCCGUCGUUGAUGUUAAAAGCCGUCGCAAAAAUACCAAAUGGAAAGGCACCGAUUCCAAAGGACAUUUGGAAACCUCCAUCUCCGAAGCCAAACCCUUGGAAGCCCUGCGGAUCAUGUAUUUCAUCAUUUACACGAAGACGAGUGAGUGAGAUGUGACGCAACAAUCCGUGAAAUUUGCGAUCAUUCUCAAGAGACGUCUGCACACCUCGGCACUUAGCGUCUAAUAAAUCCCAGAGGGAAAUGUUCCUUAUGUUAAUGGAUAAAACCUACAUCAUCCUCUGUAACGGUUUCAUCAUGAACGCAUGUCAACAGCGGACACUGAAGACUACAUACAGCCGCCAACUUUUUACUAUUUAAAGUAUACUUGUACAAAGUACUUACACCACGGUUUUCUGGCUCCGGCCUUUGUCCUUGUGGUCGAGGCGGGGUUCUUUCUCUGUAAAACAAAACCACGUUUUGUAAAAAGUCAUGCAUUUAUAACAGCUUUGA